GGAAAACCGACAUGGCCAAACUACUACAACCUCCACCCAAGUUCUUGCCCUCAGAGUGGCACAUCGCUAACAAGAACCAGUACCACAGAGCGGAGGCCCAGAGGUCGCGGUCCGAACGCCUGGUGGCAGAGAGCCAGAGGCUUGUGGACGAGAUUGAAAAGACCACCAGGAAGUCUCAAAGGGAUGUAGAAAAGAAACUAGAACAGAGACUCGAGGAAGUCCGGUUCUGGAAGAAGGAGCAGGACGACAAGCUCGAGCAGCUGGUGUACGUCACGGAGGACCUGCUCACGUACCAGGCCAGACUGGUGAACGCGCUGGAGAGCAUGAAGGAGCCCCUGCAUAUCACCCAGAUGUGCCUGGAAUACAGGGAGAAGCGGGUCGGCAUUGACCUGGUGCGCGAUGAGGUGGAACACGAGCUUGGGAAGGAGGCCGAGAUCAUCCGCGGGGUGAUGGCUCUGCUGACCCGCACCCUGGAGGAGAUGUCCGAGCAGAUCAGGCUGAACCGCUCGGCCAGGUACAACCUGGAGAAGGACAUGAAGGACAAGUCUGUGGCCCUGACCAUCGACGACAUCUGCUUCUCCCUCAACAACAACUCCCCGAAUAUCCACUACUCGGAGAAGGCCGUGAGGGUGGAGCCAAACUCCGUGAGUCUGGAAGACUGGCUGGACUUCUCCAACAGCAACGUGGAGAAGGCCGACAGGCAGAGGAACAACUCGCUGGCGCUGAAGGCCCUGGUGGACCGGAUCCUGUCACAGACAGCCAAUGACCUGCGUAGGCAGUGCGACGUGGUAGACACGGUGUUCAGGAACGGGCUGAAGGAGACCAAGGCUGCCAGGGACCAGCUGGCCACCCACCUAGCCAAAGUCAUGGAGGAGAUUGCUUGCCAGGAGAAGAACAUCGCUGUUCUGGAAAAGGCCAUCCUUGACCAAGAAGGUCCCGCCAAGGUGGUUCACACACGCCUGGAGACCAGAACACGCCGGCCUAACGUGGAGCUGUGCCGCGACGUGGUGCAGUACCGGCUGCUCAAGGAGGUCGGGGAGAUUGCCCACAACGUGGCCAGACUGAAGGAAGCCUUAGCCUGGGCUCAGGUGGAGCUGAAGGGCCUGAAUCGCAGGCAGCUGAUCCUGCAGGAGGAGAUCCAGGUCAAGGAGAACACCAUCUACAUCGACGAGGUGCUGUGCCUGCCCAUGAGGAAGUCCAUCCCCCUGCGGGACGGGGGCGGCCAGGGCGAGUGGGCCGGGGGCCUCUGCCCUGACGCUGUCUGCUGA